AUGAGCAGCCACUACGAUUCCCUCCUCCAAGCGGCCGAAUCCCUUUGCAAUGACUUUGCUACCAAAGCAGAUCCGCCAUCAAUGUUCUCCCAUUUCGCUUCCACAGUCACCGCCUUCGAACAUGGAGACCCACACUUUGCACCAUUUGUCGGGCGUGAGUUUAAAGGCCUAGACGGAAUGAAAGAAUAUUUUGGACUUCUAGGGAAGUAUCUAGCAUACGAAGACAUGAGCUUUGGAGAGUACUUUGUGGAUGAGAGGCAAAAUAAAGUCUCGGUCAAGGGGAAAGGAAGGUUUACUUGGGUGCCUACGGGUGUUAACUGGGACGAGGGCUUUACCUACACCCUUGAUUUUGCUAGUGAAGAUGGCAAGCUUAAGGUUUCAAGGUAUCAAGUAUGGGCAGAUACUGGCGCCCUGUACCUCGCAAGACUAGGCCAAAAUGUCGAAGAUAUCCCAGCCAUAUCAAAAUAA